AUGUCAAACAUGUCUGCUUUCACAGUUGGAGAUUACCUCGCCGAAAGGCUCGUUCAGAUCGGGAUUCGACAUCACUUCGUCGUCCCAGGCGAUUACAACCUCAUUCUUCUCGACAAACUCUCAGCACACCCUCAACUAACAGAAGUUGGCUGCGCGAACGAAUUGAACUGCUCCAUGGCAGCUGAAGGCUACGCUCGCGCCAAAGGAGCCUCAGCAUGCGUCGUGACAUUCAGUGUCGGUGCGCUCUCAGCCUUCAACGGCACCGGCAGUGCGUACGCAGAAAACCUCCCUCUCAUCCUAAUCAGCGGAUCACCCAACACCAACGAUGCUGGUGAAUUCCACAUCUUGCACCACACGCUCGGAGAUCAUGAUUACUCUUACCAAUUCGAAAUGGCGAAAAAGAUCACGUGUUGCGCAGUAUCAGUCAAGAGAGCUGUUGAUGCGCCACGUCUGAUCGACCGAGCUAUUCGAGCCGCUUUGAUUGCACGAAAACCUGCGUAUAUCGAAAUCCCAACAAAUCUAUCCGGUGCAGCAUGUGUUCGGCCGGGUCCUAUAAACGCAGUCACCGAUCCCGUGCCAAGCGAUGAAGGGGCGUUGGCUGCGGCUAUCGAUCAAGCAGCUCAGUAUCUGGACGGAAAGAAGAAGCCCAUCAUUCUUGUAGGACCGAAAUUACGCAGAGCGGGCGCAGAAAAGGAGCUGCUGAAACUGGCGGAAAAGCUGGGAUGCAGUGUUGCGGUCCAACCAGCAGCCAAGGGCUUCUUUCCGGAGGAUCAUCCACAGUUUGUGGGGAUAUUUUGGGGCCAAGUCAGCACGCUUGCCGCUGAUUCGAUCGUACACUGGGCAGAUGCCAUUAUUUGUGCUGGUACUGUGUUUAAUGACUACAGCACAGUAGGCUGGACAGCAUUACCCAACAUCCCACACAUGGUGGCGGAAAUGGACCACGUGACCUUCCCCGGGGCGCAUUUCAGUCGUGUACGAUUAUGCGACUUCUUAUCGAGACUGGCAGAGGUGGUUACUCGGAACGAUAGCACAAUGAUAGAAUACGCUCGGCUAUGUCCCGAUCCUCCUACAGAGCGAGUUCCCAACGCAGAAGAAGAAUUGACGCGAAAAGAGAUUUCUCGACGGGUACAAGGACUUCUUACCCCAGAGACGAGUCUCUUCGUAGAAACAGGAGAUUCGUGGUUCAACGGCAUCCAGCUACGGCUACCCCAAGGAGCAGAUUUUGAAAUCGAGAUGCAGUGGGGUCACAUCGGAUGGUCCAUCCCAGCCGCCUUCGGAUACGCAAUGGGCAAGCGAGACCGAAAAAUCAUCAUCAUGGUAGGCGACGGUUCAUUCCAAGUAACCGUCCAAGAAGUCUCGCAAAUGGUUCGAUGGAACCUACCAAUCAUAAUCCUCCUGAUGAACAACAAAGGGUACACGAUCGAAGUAGAGAUCCACGAUGGACUCUACAACCGCAUCAAGAACUGGGAUUACGCGAAAUUGGUAGAAGCGUUCAACUCGACGGACGGCCACGCAUUGGGAUUGCAGGUCGCGACGGUGGGAGAAUUGGCGGUGGCGAUUGAGAAGGCACAGACUCAUGCGGAUGGACCUACGCUGAUUGAAUGCUCGCUGCAUCAAGAUGACUGUAGUAGGGAGCUGAUCACUUGGGGUCAUUUCGUUGCCGCGGCAAAUGCUAGACCUCCGACGCAUGCUUAA